UCACGUGUGGUCAACUUUCAGCUAUCCCUCACCCCAAAAAUGGCUGAACGAAAGGUGGACUUUGAAAACAGGGGUUUUCAAGGCAGGUGGGAGGCAGAGUAUAUGUUCGCAGAUAUAAAGAGCAAACCUGUUUGUCUUGUGUGCGGAGACGGUGUGGCUGUAAUUAAAGAAUAUAACGUAAGAUGACACUAUGAAAUGAAACACCACGACAAAUACAAGCAUCUGGACAAGGAACAGAAGCCGGCGAUGUGCGGUCAAAAGAGUGGAUAGGUGGGCAGGAUCCGGGAGAAGAUGCGGGAGGAAAACGGCGCAGAGGUGCGAUGGUUAAGCCAAGGAAAAGUGCUGAGAAGAUGUUUCGAGUUGCGUGAGGAGAUCUGUCAGUUCAUGGAAAGCAAAGGGAAAGACACAACAGAGCUCCGGGAUAAAAAGUUGCUUUGUGAAAUGGCGUUUCUGUGUGACAUCACGAGCCAUCUCAAUGCGCUCAACCUGCAGCUUCAGGGGCUGGGUCGUGUGAUCACAGACAUGUACGCUGCCGUGAGGGCUUUUAAAACCAAGCUGCGCCUGUGGGAGACGCAGAUGCAGCAAGAAAACUUGAGCCAUUUUCUGUGUUGCCGAACUAUGAAAGAGCAGGUUUCCCACGUGCAAAGUUUGUUGAAAAACUUAGCAUACUUGGUGCCGACUUCACACGGCUGUUUGCCGACUUUGAAGCCCAAAAAAGCAGGUUUGAACUGCUCAGUAAUCCAUUUGCAGCUGACGUGGAAAGCGCACCAACCAGCAUACAAAUGGAGCUGAUUGAACUCCAAUGUAGUGACACACUCAAGGCAAAGUAUGACUCGGUGGGCGCUGCACAGUUUCUACGUUUCAUUCCCAACACAAUGCCCCAGCUGCGUACCCAAGCUGCUCAAAUGCUCUGUAUGUUUGGCAGCACAUAUCUGUGUGAACAACUGUUCUCUUUGAUGAAGAUAAACAAAACAUCACACAGGAGUUGUCUUUCUGAUGAACACCUUCACUCAAUUCUGAGGAUUUCCUCAGCUCAGAGCCUGACUCCAAACAUUGAUGAACUUGCAUCCAAGAUGAGAUGCCAAGUAUCUGGCUUAGACUAGUGUGAAUCACAGAGUGUUGGCCUGUGGAAAAAUGUUUUCAUUAGAAAUUACUCCGGAAAAGCUGCAGAUAAAGCCAUAAGAAAUAAAUGCAACUGAUUUUUUAUUUAUUUAAUGUUCAAUGUUGUUUUUGUAGGCAAUAACCUAAGCUUUGUUAGUUCCAGGUUAAUAUGUGUAAUAACUUCAUUUCAAUAAGUUUUGCAAUAAACGCUGAACCAGUCCGGCCCUUGCCUUAUACCGAUUUUUUAAUUUUGGCCCACUGUGUAUUUGAGUUUGACACCCCUGCGUUAGGUCUACAUUUGUGUUUGUUAAUGCUUGAUUUCAAAUGGUUUAUUAAUGGAAAAGGUAUGGCUCCCAAAACAAUCUUAGCAGAAAUAGCAUCGUUUCUUUCUCGUUGCCUACUUUCUUGUAAUCUACGUCUGUAAGUUAAUACCAAUCAUAAAAAGAAUGCUUGCUAGGCAACCUGCUUCAUAAAAAACGAAAUUCGUAAAAUGAAACAAUUUUGGAUAUAGCAGAGACUGAGACACAUGAGAGCAGGUUGAAAAAACGAAGGCAACGAAAGCUGUGGGAGCACGCUCGCAUACAACUGAUCCGCCCGCAUGAAGUCGCAUUUUUCUCAAUCCGGCCCGUGACCUAAAAUGAGUUUGACACCCCUGCCAACCACCAGGCCCUUGAACUGGUGCAGAUAACUUCAAUUGCAACUACUCUGAACUGAUUCUAUGACCUACAGACUUGCUUUCUGGGACUCUUUACAACUCAUGUUCUUGGCACAAUUUAUCUUCUUUUGAAGAUUGGUUGUUUGUCUGCCUAUAUAUAGUUUUGUGUAAAUGCUGUUGUAUUUCCUAUUUCCCCUUGUAAGUGUCUGCAAAAAAAUGAAUUGCAAGGUAGCAUAUGGUGGAAAAUAUGUACUUUGAUAAUAAAUUUAUUUUGAACAUCAUA